GGCGGCCGGGCGCGGGCCCGGAAGCGGGCGGCGGCGGAGGCGCCUCGGGCCGGCCGGGCUAGCGGUGUCCUCCGUCCUCCUCGCUCGGGCCCCACGGCCAGGUGCUGCGGCAGCCAUGCACCCGCCGCCCCCGGGCCCGCUGGGCGACUGCCUGCGGGACUGGGAGGAGCUGCAGCAGGACUUCCAGAGCAUCCAGGAGACGCACCGGCUCUACCGCCUGAAGCUCGAGGAGCUCAGCAAGCUACAGGCUGCCUGCACCAGCUCCAUCUCCCGGCAGAAGAAGCGGCUGCAGCAGCUGAGCCUCGUCCUGAAGAAAUGCAAACCCUCCCUCCCAUCAGAGGCCGCACAGGCCGCGCAUGAGCUCGAGAGCCAGCUGAAAGAGCGCCAGGGCCUCUUCUUCGAUAUGGAGGCCUACCUGCCCAAGAAGAACGGGUUGUACCUGAGCCUGGUCCUGGGGAAUGUGAACGUGACCCUCCUGAGCAAGCAGGCUAAAUUUGCCUACAAAGAUGAGUAUGAGAAGUUCAAGCUCUACCUCACCAUCAUCCUCAUCCUCAUCUCCUUCACCUGCCGUUUCCUGUUCAACUCCAGGGUGACCGACGCGGCCUUCAACUUCCUGCUGGUCUGGUACUACUGCACGCUCACCAUCCGCGAGAACAUCCUCAUCAGCAACGGCUCGCGGAUCAAGGGCUGGUGGGUCUUCCAUCACUAUGUGUCCACCUUCCUGUCGGGAGUCAUGCUCACAUGGCCUGAUGGCCUCAUGUACCAGAAGUUUCGGAAUCAGUUUCUGUCCUUCUCCAUGUACCAGAGUUUCGUGCAGUUCCUGCAGUACUACUACCAGAGCGGCUGCCUGUACCGCCUGCGGGCACUGGGCGAGAGGCACACGAUGGACCUGACCGUGGAGGGCUUCCAGUCCUGGAUGUGGCGUGGCCUCACCUUCCUGCUGCCUUUCCUUUUCUUCGGACACUUCUGGCAGCUCUUCAACGCGCUGACCUUGUUCCAGCUGGCCCAGGACCCUCAGUGCAAGGAGUGGCAGGUGCUCAUGUGUGGCUUCCCCUUCCUCCUCCUCUUCCUCGGCAACUUCUUCACCACCCUGCGGGUUGUACACCAGAAGUUCCACAGCCAGCGUCGGGGAAGCAAGCGGGACUGACGCAGGGUC